AUGAUGCGUCUUGUCGAGAUCCUGUUGGCCAUUGCCAUCGUUCUUGUCGCCAGCACCGAUGCUGUCUCUGCUACUCCGAAAAGGACCACUCACAACGGCUUCUACGCCGAUCUCUACAACGUUGAAGAUGGAGCUGUCACGAACAAGCUUCGUGUCCCGCUCGGCGACGCUAACCAAUACAAGAAGUCCGACUUCAAGGCCUUGAAGAAAACACUCAACCAGGAGGAGCGAGCUGCCGUAUUUUUUCCAAGAGGCUUCAACUCUCUCAUCAAGGGCUUUGAGCGUUUUGUGGGUUUCUUUGGAAGGAGCAAACGCCGUCUGGGCAUCGAUGAAGCGUGAGACACCGAUCAAACUUCAAGCCCAUCCUUUGCGCAGGCCUCACAGGUAAAGCCUCGAUCGAACCUGGAAUAAGCAACAACUCUUUGCACGAUUGAAUACACGCAUUGCUCUAUUC